AUGGGCCCCAAAGCGUCAGUUUUCGUACCGCUCUACGUCUACCCUGCACCGGGAGCAUGGGAUCCCUUAGAGAAGGUGAUCUCUUCUCAUCCCGACGUCAACUUCACCGUCGUGGUCAAUCCUGGUAGUGGUCCAGGGCCCAACGCCUUGCCCGAUGGCAAUUACACACGAGAGAUACCCAAGCUGGCGUCUUAUGGCAAUGUACGCCUCCUGGGCUAUGUUGCUACCACGUACGCGCAGCGCAAUUUCUCGUUGGUGCGGCGGGACAUUGAGACCUAUGCGGCGUGGCCGACCAACAGUUCGAACCCCAAUCUAGCGGUUCGGGGUAUAUUUUUCGACGAAACCCCCCAGCAAUACGAAAACAAUACCUUGGCCUACCUCCAAGAUCUGACUGCUGUCGUGAAGACGACCGCCGGCCUGGGUCCGGACCAUUAUGUCGUCCACAAUCCCGGCACGAUUCCUGAUGCCCGCUACUUGCCGACGGCUGAUUCGACUGUGGUCUUCGAGGCAACCUACGAGACGUUCUUGGAGCGUCAAGGGGCUAAGCUGUUUAAGGAGAUCCCGAAUAGUACUCGCAGCCAGCUGUGCGCCGUGGUCCACUCGGUGCCGGACAGCGUGGAAGGGCACAAAUUCCGAGACCUGGUGAAGCAAGUGCGCAAGGUCGCAGAUGAGAUUUUCAUCACUCAUCUGGAUACAGAUUAUUAUGCGAGCUUUGGAAGCCAAUGGGAGGAAUUUGUGGAACUGAUGGCUCGAUCAUGA